AUGUCCUACGAACGACACCCGCGUGUUUUAUCGCAAAACUGCCCUCCAGACGGACCCCAGCAGUGGGAGUCCACCACCAAUCUUGCUCUGAAGAUGAGCGACUUUUACUUGCACACUCCCACAGUCAACCAGACCCCGUCCUUCCCCCAAACACCAUUUGCGCAAGGUCCCCAGGUACGUUAUGCUCAGAAUCCACAGACCCCUGGGCUUACAUCUCCAGCAUCGCUUAGCACCCCGGGCUUUGUUCAGUCGACGCCCACUUCUGUUAGUCAUUUUGCACUCAACACCAUGGGGCCUGAACGGCCUCCUGAUAUGCUUACCAGGGAUGCUGAUUUCUCUCCCAUGGCUCAUCUGGGACUAGAUAUGUCUGGAGGGCUCAAUAUCGCUUAUGGCGGUGAAUUCCAAUCUCUGCAUCAGCACUCCACCUCGGUAGAUACCAUCCCCGAAGAAGAGUACUCGGGCGAAAUGGCAAAUAUGCCCAUGGCUGGCGGGAUGCUGCCUAAUGAGCAGCGGCAUCAGCACUUCUCACAACAGAUUGAGUUUGUCAAAACCGAACCCGUCGUGAAGCACAAGGAGUACCCGCCUCACGGCCAGCUAUCGUUUGCUAAACCUGAAUUAGUGAUCAAACACGAUGACUGUCUGCCAAACGACUCCCACCCAUAUGUGAAGCCCCCACUGUUUAUUGAGCACGAUGAGCAUCUGCCUAUUGGCAACGGCUCAUCUCAGGGAUUCAUUCUGCACGAUACUUCUCCUUUCACCCAUAAGGAACUGCAUUCUACUAUCAGCGGUAACGAGCCCAUUACCAUCGAAGAUCUUCUCAAGGACGAUCCGUUCCCAGAGCUAGAAAAACCAAAAGCAUUUGAGGAGGGGGACGAUGACCUGCUAUCGUCAUUCUUUGAUUUUGAGGACGAUGCGCCAGUAAAGAAAACACCGUCAGCAUCCAAGACCCGCUCGUCGAAAAACACGCCGACGAAGCCUCCUCGCCACAAGAUCCCGACGUUCAGCGCUGUAUCUGCCGAACAAAGUGGCUCUAAACACAUUCGUAAGUGCAAAUCAUUUUCUCAUCGAUACUCCUCGCAUAAUACGGCUGGUCCGACGUUUUCAUUCGAGGAGUGUUCCAACGAGUUUCAUGUCACCGAGGGCAACUACGCUUUCCAGGAUGAAACAGCUCGUCUCAGCAUGCAAUUGGGCCCUGGCUUGGCCCCAAAAAAGAACUCGAAAUCCGCAGCGGCUAAUGAAAACCACCACUUCCGCCCGGUGCUCAAGAAAUCAAAAACCACAUCUAAUCUUUGUCUGCCUCGUUCUGGAUGUCGCAGCCCCAAGUUAUUGAAGAAUAUGGAGCAAGGGCUUGUGUCGUUCCAGGUUAAGUUGAAGAACCCAAAGUAA